UCACCGGCCCCUUGUCAAAAUAUCGGGGACUGAUUGCUUCGAAAUGGCUUUGAUUAGAUCGAAAGUAUUGCCGUACAGUGGAAUAACUGGCCUUUUCCGAACUACUCUGCGCCUAUUCAGUAUCACAUCCACAAAACAACUAAAAGAAAUAAAGGAAAUAACACAGAACGAUUCGUUGAUCAUUAGCGCUGAUUAUGUGCCCUCGCCACGAUCCGGUCAAUUAAUCGCACAAGCUGCAGAAGCCGCGCGUACUGGACAACGGUUCUGUCCACAGUGUACGCUGGGAUUAGACAUAAAACAUACGGAUGUACUGAUUCUUAGCCAAUAUCUACGCAGUGAUGGAUGCUUACUACCACGCCGGAUAACAGGAUUAUGUAAACGUCAACAGCGUCGCAUAAGCUAUCUAGUUAUCAUGGCUCAGAAAGCAGGCUUGAUGCCGAACAUCAACCCUUCGUGGAGUAAAAAAGAUCCGAAAAUGCGUUACCAGUGGAAGAAAUUUAACAAAUAUUUCGAUGAAAGUACAAUAAAAUGUUAGAACCAAAUUGUUGGCAGUAAAAAACAUGUAGUAAUUUUAAAAUAA